GCAGUUCCGCUUUGCUGGGCGCGCGCUGGAUUGUCUGAACCGCAGAGCUCGCAUUUCGCCGGGGCUGUCGCGGUCCCCGAGCCCAGCAUGGCUUCCUCGCGAGCUUCCUCCACGCAGGCAACCAAAACUAAGGCACCUGAUGACUUAGUCGCUCCUGUUGUGAAGAAACCACACAUCUAUUACGGAAGUUUGGAAGAGAAGGAGAGGGAGCGUCUGGCCAAAGGAGAGUCGGGGAUUUUGGGAAAAGAAGGACUUAAAGCAGGAAUUGAAGCAGGAAAUAUUAACAUAACCUCUGGGGAAGUGUUCGAAAUUGAAGAGCAUAUCAGUGAGCGACAGGCCGAAGUGUUAGCCGAGUUUGAGAGAAGGAAGCGAGCCCGGCAAAUCAAUGUUUCCACAGACGACUCAGAGGUCAAGGCUUGCCUUAGAGCCUUGGGGGAGCCCAUCACGCUCUUUGGAGAGGGUCCUGCUGAAAGAAGAGAAAGGUUAAGAAACAUCCUCUCAGUGGUUGGUACUGAUGCCUUAAAAAAGACCAAAAAAGAUGAUGAGAAAUCUAAGAAGUCCAAAGAAGAGUAUCAGCAAACCUGGUACCAUGAAGGACCAAACAGCCUGAAGGUUGCUAGACUAUGGAUUGCUAAUUACUCACUGCCCAGGGCAAUGAAACGCUUGGAAGAGGCCCGUCUCCAUAAAGAGAUUCCUGAGACAACCAGGACCUCCCAGAUGCAAGAGCUGCACAAAUCUCUCCGGUCUUUGAAUAAUUUCUGCAGUCAGAUUGGGGAUGAUCGGCCUAUCUCCUACUGUCACUUUAGUCCCAAUUCCAAAAUGCUGGCCACAGCUUGUUGACCAACCCUGGCUGAGAUGCUUUCCUUUGUAUUUGAUAGGAGUGGGCUUUGCAAGCUCUGGUCUGUUCCUGAUUGCAACCUACUUCACACUCUUCGAGGCCAUAACACUAACGUAGGAGCAAUUGUAUUCCAUCCAAAAUCCACUGUCUCCUUGGACCAAAAAGAUGUCAAUUUGGCCUCUUGUGCUGCUGAUGGUUCUGUGAAACUUUGGAGCCUUGACAGUGAUGAACCAGUGGCAGAUAUUGAAGGCCAUACAGUGCGUGUGGCCCGCGUAAUGUGGCAUCCCUCAGGACGUUUCUUGGGUACCACUUGCUAUGACCGCUCAUGGCGCUUAUGGGAUUUGGAAGCUCAAGAGGAGAUCCUGCACCAGGAAGGCCACAGCAUGGGCGUGUAUGACAUUGCCUUCCAUCAAGAUGGCUCUUUGGCUGGCACUGGGGGACUGGAUGCGUUUGGUCGAGUUUGGGACCUGCGUACAGGACGUUGUAUCAUGUUCCUAGAAGGGCAUCUGAAGGAAAUCUAUGGAAUAAAUUUCUCUCCCAACGGCUACCACAUUGCAACUGGCAGUGGUGACAACACCUGCAAAGUGUGGGACCUUCGACAGCGGCGCUGCAUCUAUACCAUCCCUGCCCAUCAGAACUUAGUGACUGGUGUCAAGUUUGAGCCUAUCCAUGGGAAUUUCUUGCUCACUGGUGCCUAUGACAACACAGCCAAGAUCUGGACCCACCCAGGCUGGUCCCCACUGAAGACUUUGGCUGGCCAUGAAGGCAAAGUGAUGGGUCUAGACAUUUCUUCUGAUGGGCAGCUUAUAGCCACUUGCUCAUAUGACAGGACCUUCAAGCUAUGGAUGGCUGAAUAGGCACAAGCAUAGGAAAAGGACUCAAACCUCAAGCUCUCGCUUCAGAGCCAGUUUCAAAAGAAAGGAAUUGUGUGUUUUGUUCUAUCAUGUUUGUUGCCAAUUACCAUGUAUAGAUCCUCAGUAGAUCAGAUUUCCAUAUCAGCCCCCACUCCAAGCAGGCAGCCCAUUUCCUGGGUGUUGGUGAACCCUUUUCAUGCUUGAAUUUUAAUUUCAUCCUCAAGCCCUGCCAGUAACUGUGUAUACAGUUGUUUUUAUUAAUCUUUUGACUACCCUGUUGCCUUCCUCACAGCACUCAGGAUUGUGACUGGCUCCAUUUUUAAUUCUUGAAACUUGGCUUUCCAUUACAUGGUACAUGCUUCAGGACUGCACGUGACCAGAGAGCACGGUGGCUGGGCUGCAGUCUGGGAGCCCUCAAGCAAAGAGCACAUCUCACCAUGCAUUGGUUCAGUACUGCCCGACAAAGCAGGAACCUUUCCUCUGCCUUGAGAAGGGGAGCUGAAGAGGUAAACCCACAGCUCUGCUCAGGGUUAAGCAGUAAAGAAGAUUUUACCUCUUCCUGUUGGCUUCACUGGAAUGCUACCUGUAUCAGGGAGCAUCAGGAAGCUCAGAACUGAACAUUUGCCUUGUUGGAAAAUGUCUUUGAUUUUUCUUUGAAGUUUGGUAUUUUUCAUGUUAUCCCAAAACUAGGCUAUUGUGUCAAGACUCAAUGAAAUUUUUAGAAAGCUAACAUGAUGUCUCUGUUGUGCAACCUCCUUUCUGUUGGUUAUGUUAAGGAUAUACCCUUCAUGUCAAGGUAACUCUGGAAAAAAUCCCUAAUGGGUAUUCCUAAAUAUAAACUUUUCCCUUUUAUUUUCUUUGUUACAUACUUGCUACAGAGUAAAAUCCUAUUGUAAUAACUGUUCUUUGAAUAGUUAUUUUUGCAUAGUUAAGUCUUUUCUGAAUCCAGCCUUUGGUCCAUCGAGGUCCUUGUUUUUGGUUUGCGAUAUAGCACAUGAUCUCAAAUAUGAUUACUCCGGUUUCUUGUCUCCUUAAUGAGCACUCUGUUCAUUUUUUUUUUUUUUUAAUAGAGGGCUCUUGCAUUAUGGGCCAGACUACCAGUGAACUAUGUCUGGACCCUAAUCCUUACUCAUUGGCUAUCCAGCAGUUACCAUCACCUUUUUCUACCCCAAAUAUACAAUCACUGAACUCUGGAAGCACACAGUAAAUUCAUACAAAAAUAUAGAAAUUUGGGAGAAGAAAGGAUUGUACAUAGAGAAUUCAAAGAGGGCUUAUAUGAUGGCUACUCCUUGAAGUGUUAAACACUUUCUACUUGCUACUCUAAAGGGGCUGAGAGCGACUUGUCUAGCUCUAUUCUUCAAGCUGUUAUUGUGUGAUACAUAAAUAAUUUGUUUAAUCUGAUUUCAUUUAUAACCAAGUUGUUUCAUAUCCUGUGUACUUGUUAAGCAUCUAAAUUCCCAGCUCUGCUCUCAA